AUAGAGAGAGCUGCAGUAGUCCAGUGUCGACAUGACAAGAGACUGAACAAGUACCUGAGCAGCCUGUGUGGGGAAAAAUGACUGAAUCCUGCUGAUGUUGUAGAGAAGGAACCGACACCAGCGAGUCACAUCAGGGACAUGGAAGAGAACAUCGGCACUUCCGGUGUGUGUGUUGGGGGGGGGUCUCACGCUGUAACGGUGCAGGUGAAGCUGCAGCUCCAUCAUGGUGAAGAUCAGCUGUGCGGCAAUAAACGGCAUUAAAGCCGAGAAAGAGGAGCGCGAGGCACCGGAGCACAUCUACAUCCCGCCGCAGCACGUGGGCAUGCUCCGGCGAUCAUCUUUGAGUGGACUCUGUUGUUUGCUCAUCGCUCUCGUCAUCAGUACCUGCAGCCUGGUGUAUGCCUCAAUCUACAUCUACCGCUAUUAUAUCAUCCCUCAGGCACAUGAGUCUCAGUUCCGGUGCAAUGUGUAUUAUGAAGAUACCCUGAAGGCACCUCAGCACAAUCAUGAGGAACUGCAGGAGAAUGUCAACAUCAACCUGCAGAGCAACUACGAGAGGAUCAGCAUCAAUGCUGGCAAAACAAACGCACGCACACGCCCUGCCACCAUCAUACAUGACUUCACCAAGGGUUUGACUGCGUAUCAUGACAUCACUCUGGAUAAGUGUUACAUCAGUGUGCUGAACAGCAGUGUUGUUCUUCCACCAAGGAACCUGUGGAAACUCCUAGUCAGUGUUAAACUGAGGACUGGCAAUGAGGCCUCUUUUCCACAGACAUACCUGGUUCAGGAGGAGAUGGUGGUGUCUGAGAAGGUGAUGAACACACGUGAUCUUGGCGUGUUCAUCCACAAACUGUGUGAAGGCAAACCAACGUAUCAGAUCAGCCGCCGACUUACACGCCGCCGUAUCACUAAGCGUGAGGAGCAGAUCUGUCACUCCAUUCGACACUUUGAGAACAUGUUUGUAAUGGACACCCUGAUUUGUGAUGCACCUUGAAUAUUAACAUCUCUCUCAUUUCCUCUCUUCAUAACUAGUGUAUUUAUUUCAUGCUUUAACUGAUAAAAGUGCUUCCAUUAAUCACCCAGUAGCACUCUGUGUGUGUGUGCAUAUGUGAGUGUGUGUGUGUGUGUGUGUGUGUGUGUGUGUGUGUGUGUGUGUGUGUGUGUGUGUGUGUGUGUGUGUGUGUGUGUGUGUGCGCAUAUGU